AUGCUCACAACAGGUCUGAUCCUCCACACCUACCCUCUCAGUCGCAUCCUUCUUUUAUCCUCCACCCUAGCCACCUUAUCCUACACAUUAGCCAUCUUCAACCAAGCCUCUCACCCGACCAUCUUCAUCUUCAUCUUCAACACCCUCAUCACAUCUCUCACAAGCCAUCCACAGAAUGACCAAACCCACGUAGCCUUCUCUCUCUACUCUCGCAUUCUCACUCAUACCAACCUCAAACCCAAUGACCAUACAUACCCAUCUCUAUUCAAGGCUUGUAGAUCGCACCCAUGGCUCCAAUAUGGUCGAGCCUUACAUACCCAUGUCUUGAAAUUUCGUGAGCCCUCCUAUUAUCACUUUGUUCAAGCCUCAUUGCUCAAUUUUUACUCCAUAAUUGGCAAAGUGAGCAUUUCAAGGUACCUUUUUGAUCAAGUCAGUCACCCUGAUUUAGCUACAUGGAAUUCUAUAUUAUCUGCUUAUGCUCGUAAUGCUAGUGUACAUUGUGUUCACAAUGCCAUUAGUAGUGAUGAUAUUGACAAUACUGGUUUGUCAUUAGAAGUUCUGUCCUUGUUCAAUGAUAUGCAGAAGUCUCUGGUUAGGCCUAAUGAGGUUACCAUGGUAACUUUAAUCGGUGCUUGUGGUAAUUUGGGUGCAUUUGGACAAGGCACAUGGGCACAUGCUUAUGUAUUAAAGAAGAGUCUCAAAUUAAACCACUACAUAAGCACGGCUUUGAUUGAUUUCUAUGCAAAUUGUGGAUGUCUCGGACUUGCAUUUCAGUUGUUUGGUCAAUUGCCUGAUAGAGACACAUUGUGUUACAAUGCAAUGAUUAGAGGGUUUGCAAUUCAUGGUCAUGGGAACGAGGCACUUGAACUUUUCAAGAAAAUGAACCUUGAUGGGUUGCUUCCUGAUGAUGUGACAAUGGUAGUUAUAAUGUGUGCUUGCUCACAUGUUGGGUUGGUUGACCAAGCCGGGCGGCUUAAGGAGGCUGAGGAAACGGUUCGGACAAUGCCCAUGAAGCCUAAUGCAAUUUUGUGGAGGUCUUUGCUAGGGGCAGCUAGAGUUCAUGGCAAUUUAGAGAUAGGUGAACUUGCACUAUCCCACUUGACACAGUUAGAGCCAGAGAUUAGUGGGAAUUAUGUGCUUUUAUCUAAUCUGUAUGCAAGCAUGAAUAGGUGGGAUGAUGUGAAAAGGGUGUGA